AGCAAUUACAACUUGCUUGCUUGAUAUAAACUAAAAUAGCAUAAGCACCGAAAAACCGCGUUUAUUCAAAUAAGACCAUUAUCAAUAGCGGUUCAAUGCUUAUUGCUUCUUUGUUAAACGUUUCAAGUCUUAAAAUAUUCCUGUUUAUUUUGUGUUUACCGGACACUUUUUUUGGACUUAUUAUGACGAAAACUUUUGUGAAAUGACUAUUUUGUAUAAAAAUCCGACGUAUUACAAACUUGAACAUCCACAGUUAGAUCCAAAACUGUUUGAUAAGUAUUCUCUUGUUUACUAUACAGAACAGGAUACAAAACAAUUUACUGGGCACCCUGUUCUUUUUAUACCUGGAAACGCUGGAAGUAGAAGGCAAGUUCGCGCACUGGCCUCUGUUUCAACGCAAAUGUCAAAGAACAUCAACAAUAGCAUCAACUUUGAUUACUUUGCUGUUGAUUUUAACGAAGAACUUACUGCCAUGUAUGGUGUUUUAGCUCUAAGACAAACUGAGUAUGUUGGUAGAUGCAUUGCACAAAUACUGGAAUAUUACAAUAAUAAAACCAAAAAAAUUGUGAUAAUAGGCUAUUCCAUGGGGGGAGUUAUUGCACGUGCUGUCUCCCAUUCGGCAGAAGAUUUUUUAAGCAAAGAUCUUCAGCAACUACUGCACAAUCGCAUCAGCUUAGUGCUUACACUAGCCACUCCCCACAGACCGGUGUUUGUACCGGACAUAUAUAUGGCCUUUUUUUAUUAUAAAUUGAAUUGUGUCUAUGAAAGAGAGAAGCAACGUCGCCCGGAAGAAACUGCUUUACUUCCUCCCCUUGUCUUUAUUUCUGGAGGCGACCGGGACUUUUACACCCGGUACGGUUGGCCGUCCGUGGGAAGCUCCAGCAAAUACUACGAGCGCAUCUACGAGAGCGAGAAAAACAGGAGUCGGCUUAGCACGCUGCUUUUUUCGUCAACCUAUGAGAUGCCCAACACGUGUCUUUCUGCGGACCACAAGUCGAUUGUCUGGUGCAGACAGGUCAUCAUUGAAAUCGUAAGGACACUUUUUAACAUGAACGAGAUCGUGGCUCGCAACAAUACAAGUGCCGUUUGGAACUCGUUUUAUUCCUUUGAAAAACGAAAAAACUUGUCAAGCGGAAAUAACAGUAUCCAUCUUCCUGACUUUACUAUUGUGGAUGUUCGCCAGCCUCCUCACGCCACUGCUAUUCGCCAGUCUGUGGCGAAAAACACGUGUUACCACUACUCAUCUAACGACACGCAAGUUACCCUUUUGUCCAAUGCGAGGGUUGACAGUCUCUUUCUCUGCGGCUCGAAGCAAGGAGAGCCCAGCAAACAGUGUGGAUGUGCUUCCGAAAAUUGCCAUGGGGAAGAUAUAACCUUGCGAAUCCACGUGUUACCCUUUGAUUCAAAGUUGUAUACGGGAGGCGACAUGGAUUUUACGAUCCUGCAAUCCGGGAAGCCGGGAAACACCACCAGUAGAACGUUUUCGUACCUGCUCGUGGAGUUAAAAAGGUCAUCUUCUCUCCUGGUCUGCUUUAAAGGAGAUAACAGCCGGGACCAAGAAGAAUACGUCGACUUCAGCAUACCUAAGAAAGCACACCUCCAAUUUCCCAAAGUGUUUUCAAAAAUCUUGUUUUCUAUGGAAAAGCCUAGCAACGACGACUCUGGCGUUUAUCUUAUCCAGUUUACCAACGAUUUCCCCUAUGCGUUUAUUAGCUUCUACAUGAAAAUCACCCGGGUCCAUUGCACUUGCUCUGACCGAGUGCUAGGGGUUUUAGGCGAAAAAGAGUUAUGCCAUGUGUCUCGUCGCGAGGAGUUGCUAUUGUUUCUUCAGAAUUCCCAGAGGCCCGACGACCGGAAGCGACCAGUACAACUUCAGACUCUGACAAGUUGUUGCUCGUAUAAUGUGGAGAUUGCUGUGUCUUUCUGGAAAACUGCGGCCAUUUUAUUUCAGCAUCACAUAUUUGAUGCAGUGGCCGUUGGUUUUGCUUUGAUCUUUCGGCUCUCUUCCAAGCUGGCACUCCAACAAGCGCGGCAGAGCGAGCCCGUUAAACUUUUCAGCGCGGACUUUCUAUUAAUAGCUUAUCUGUAUUCGUUUACUUUUACCUCCGACCUGCUGUCCAUCUUCUGGAUAGGAUCCACUUCUGCGGGCUUUGUACUACUGUUAUACGCUUUCACGAGAAUUUUACUCUUUAGAACGCGUCCUUCGCGGACAUAUUGUUGCCGCUUACCGCGAUCACUUUUUACUGCACGAACAUUAGUCUUCGCUCUUAUAUUUUCAACUCUUCUAGCCGUUUAUUUCACGCCAGGCGUUGUAAUACUAUUGGCAAGUCUACUAUUUCUGAUCUUGUGCAUCUUCAAAACGCACGCAACGCCAAUAAGACGGCAGUUGGCGGCACUGCUUGUCGGGUUCUGUGUGUUCUUCGCCACUCUUGAGAUGGGCGAGGGUAUCAGUUACUUUAAGGCGUUCGUUAUUGAAGGCGCAAAAUGCAGUCAUGGCGCUUUGUUAUUUCCGUUGUUUUCCGAUUACUUCAGCUGCUACUUUCAGUACGUGACCUCCUCUAACAUCGCUCACUCACGUGCCCUUCGGGUCAUGGAAAUCCUGCAGGUAGCGAAGGCCUCCUUCUGGUGCCUCGCCCUGCUAAUGUUCCUGUACAGCCUGCACGGUCCGGAGUGCAGAGCAUGUACCUCAGAAAGGACGGGCAAACCAUGGGGAAAAGUAGCCAAAAAGUUGUAUACUGCUACAAUUAAGUUCUCGGUUUUUGUCCUGUCCGCCUCUAUGUGCAUCAGCGCAGAUAGAUACGGAUUGUUUGCUCUUUCUUGGUACUCGUGCUUGUACGCCUCGAUUCUUUUGGUAGUCAUUUAUAAAACUCCGGACAAAGAAAGAAAAACAGAAAAACGAUACGAAAUAAACGACUUAGCGAAGAAGCAUUGACAACUAUAAAACAUGGAUAAUUUCGAACGAAGAACUAAUUGCCGUGUACAUAAUAAAUGACAAAAAAGUCCAGCUAAAAAAAUUGCUGUGAUGAAGGGUGGAGGGG